AUGCUGCGCUACCCCGCCCCCGCGCACAAAUCCGACUGGGAAUCCGCCCUCCCCAUUGGCAACGGGCGUCUCGGGGCGAUGGUGUACGGCGGCGUACACACCGAGACGCUACGCCUGAACGAGGAAAGCGUGUGGUAUGGCGGGCCUCAGGCCCGGACGCCCAAAUCCGCGGCACACCUACCUCGCCUACGAGAGCUGAUACGGAAGCGCGAGCACGCUGAGGUGGACAAGCUUGUGAAGAAGAGAUUCCUUGCGAGGCCGAGGAGCGCUAGACAUUACGAGCCGUUGGGCCAGUGUUAUCUUGAGUUUGAACACGGGGAGGAGUUCGUCAAGUAUGAGAGGACGUUGGACUUGGAGAAGGCGGAGGUAAUGGUGGAGUAUACAGUCGGUGGGAGUCGCGUUCGAAGGAAAUAUAUCGCGAGCUUUCCUGAUAAGGUCAUCGCUGUUCGCGUCGAGGCCGAACAGCCAGUGCGCUUUUCUGUGAACUUGACGCGUAUGAGCGACAAAUGGUACGAAACCAACGAGUUUCUUGAUUCAGUAGACGUUCGCGAUGGGAAAAUCGUUUUGCAUGCCACGCCUGGUGGGAAGAGGAGCAACAGCCUAUGUAUGGUGGCAGGAGUGAAGUGCCAUGAUGCGGCAGGAACAGUCGAUGUUGUUGGCACCUCGCUGGAGGUUACAUCCACAAAUGCGCUGAUACUUAUUGGAGUGUCGACCUCGUAUGAGCCGGAGAUUGACUUAGAGAAGACCGCCUUGGAGAGAGUUUCCCCAGCUCUCCAGCAUUCCCCCGAUGCAUUGUGGGCGCGGCACCAAAGCGACUGGACAAGCAUCUACGGACAGCAAUCGUUGCAAUUGCAGUCAGGCCAGAAUCAAAAGUUAGGCAUUGACAACAUGAACACCUCCGAGCGCAUUCGGGAUUCUAACGAUGCAGAUAUCAUCGCUCUGUACCAAGGCUAUGGCCGCUACCUCCUACUUUCAAGCAGCCGCAACACCGAUCGAGCUCUCCCUCCGACUCUACAAGGGAUAUGGAACCCCUACUUCUCUCCGCCAUGGGGCGCAAAGUACACCAUCAACAUCAACCUCCAGAUGAAUUACUGGCCCGUAAACACAGGUAACCUCUCAGAGUGCCACAUGCCGCUGUUCACCCUAUUACACCGCCUGGCCAUCAGCGGGAAAGAUACAGCGAGAGAAAUGUACGACUGUCGCGGGUGGUGCUGCCAUCACAACACAGACAUCUGGGCAGAUACUGCGCCCCAGGACGAAUGGAUGCCGGCGACAUUGUGGCCUCUGGGUGGCGCAUGGCUGUGCGUGCAUAUCUGGGAGCACUUCCUCUUCGACGAGGAUAUCGACUUUUUGAAGUGGAUGUUUCCUGUGCUGGAAGGCUGCGUGGAGUUCCUGCUAGACUUUCUAGUGGAAGACGAGACGGGAAUAUGGCUGGUGACAAGUCCUUCUCUUUCGCCGGAGAACACAUUUCAAGAUGCCGAGGGAAGGACAGGAAUCUUCUGCGAAGGUUCUACCAUGGACAUCGCCAUCGUUCGAGACGUUUUCACCGGGUUCCUCAACAGCAUCAAGAGACUGGAACGACAUGACACAGCUACCUUCACGGCGCAAGCACUCCAAGACCUUACGCAAAGAACCCGCACCGCACUUCCCAAACUCCCACCACCUAUCAUAAGCCCCACCCACGGUGCCCUCCAGGAAUGGGGCCUCAACGACUACGCUGACUCCGAGCCCGGCCACCGCCACGUCUCGCACCUCUACGACCUCUACCCCGGCUCGAGCAUCACCCCAAGCUCAACGCCCGCCCUCGCAGCCGCUGCUCUGACGACGCUCGAACGCCGUCUCUCCCACGGCGGCGGCCACACAGGUUGGAGCCGCGCCUGGCUCAUCUGCUUCUUCGCGCGGCUCCGCAAGCCAGCGCAGUGUCUCGAGAACAUCCGCGCUCUUCUGCGUGAUAGCACGGUGCCGAAUAUGAUGGAUAAUCACCCACCGGUGCAGCUGGAUGGGAAUUGGGGUGGGUGCGCGGGAAUACUAGAGUGUCUUUUGCAGUCGCAUGAAAUUGAGGAGAGAGGGGGGAAAGAGGUGAGGAUAAUAAGGCUGCUGCCUGCUUGUCCAGAGGAGUGGAGUGCAGGGAAGUUGAAGGGGGUUAAAGCGAGAGGCGGUUUUGAGGUGGACUUUGAGUGGAAUGAAGGGGUGGUGUCGGGGCCCGUUAGCGUGAGGAGUAAGCUGGGGUAUGAGGCACUGGUGUGCGUUCAUCGAUGCGGAGAUGAUGAUCAGGUGGCAGGGGACGAAUAUGAGGUGAAGGGGGUGGGCGAGCAUGAACUAUUCACCGGGGGUCUGCGCGAGCCUGCUAAGGUCGGAUGA